UUGUGGGCAGUUAAUUUCUGGACACCUGAUGAUGUCAUUUCUGAUAUAAUGUUUGUGUGUUUUUAGCACUGCAGGCACGGCAUGUGUGUAAAUAAAGAGAUGGACAUGAAGCCAGUUCAUGGUGAAUGGGGCCCCUGGGGCCCCUACAGUGUUUGUUCCAGGACCUGUGGAGGAGGAACACGCAGCACAAGCAGAGACUGCAAUAAACCUGAGCCGAGGAACGGAGGCCGGUUUUGUGUAGGCCGCAGAAUGAAGUUCCGCUCGUGUAACACGGAUCCGUGUCCCCGCGGCCGGAGGGAUUUCAGGGAAGAGCAGUGUGCGCAGUUCGACGGGAAACACUUCAACAUCAACGGACUGCCGCCCUCCGUCCGCUGGGUGCCCAAGUACAGCGGCAUUCUGAUGAAGGAUCGCUGUAAACUCUUCUGCCGUGUCACGGGGACGACGGCGUACUAUCAGCUGAGGGAUCGGGUCAUCGACGGGACCCCGUGUGGACCGGACACGUAUGAUAUCUGUGUACAAGGGCUAUGCAGGCAAGCAGGUUGUGACCAUGUUUUGAACUCGAAGGCCAGAAAUGAUAAGUGUGGCGUCUGUGGAGGAGACAACUCUUCAUGUAAGACCCUCGCUGGAACCUUCAACAACGCACAAUAUGGUUACAACGUUGUGGUUCGGAUUCCUGCUGGUGCGACCAACAUCGAUAUAAAGCAGGUCAGCUACUCAGGAUUGCCAGAAGAUGAUAACUACCUCGCUCUGUCUGACAGUCAGUCCAACUUCCUCCUGAACGGGAACUUCGUGGUGUCCAUGUUUAAAAGGGAAAUCACCUUUAAGGGAGCAGAGAUCGAGUACAGCGGAUCUAACACCACGGUUGAGCGGAUCAACUGCACGGAGCGGAUCGAGGAGGAGCUCGUGCUGCAGGUUCUGUGCGUGGGAAACCUGUAUAAUCCUGACGUCAGAUAUUCCUUCAGUAUUCCCAUCGAGGAGCAGAGAGAGCAGUUUGUGUGGGAUCUGUCAGGCCCCUGGCAGGAGUGCAGCCGCAUAUGUCAAGGUGAGCGGCGGCGGAAGGCCGUGUGUGUUCGUAAGAGUGAUCAUUUGGUGGUUUCGGAGCAGAGGUGUGAGAAUCUACCUCGACCCAGAGGCACAACGGAGCCCUGCAAUACUGACUGUGAACUCAGGUACAAGUACAGCACGCCUCUGGUGUUUUAUAUUAGUAAUGCAGCAGUCCCAUACUAGUG